AUGUCUGAGCCAAAAUCACGAUCCAAAACGGCAGCAAGUCGAGCGAAUCAAGUCUCCGAACACCUCUCUUCAUCAUCAAAUGGAACGAACGGCAAUUCUCAAGAUCAAGACAGAGACAAAGCACUUCCUAAUACUGGUGCCCGCCGCCGCCGAAAAGCAAAAAAAGAAGACGACGACUUACCCGGCGAUUAUAGCGAUAUCCUCGGCCACCUCACAAAACUUCGCACCCUCGCCAACACUCCCGAUCUCUCCCGCCGAGGUUACGUUCGUCAGAAACAAGACGGAAAGCUCUGGGUUCGCGAACGCAUCAGUCUCCUCUUCGACAAAGACUCCUUCCAAGAAAUCGGCGAAGCCACAGGCCACGUAACUUGGAAACCUGUCGGAUCUGGUGGAAUUCGAGAAGAGCCAGCAGCUUUCACUCCGCAUAAUAAUGUCCAAGGAUUCGGAAAAUUGAAUGGGAGGAAAGUUGUGUUUACUGCUGAUGAUUUCUCAAUCCGAGCUGGGCAUCAGGAUGGUCAUUUGAUGGCUAAGACGGUUCAUACGGAGAAAUUAGCGUUACAAUUAAAAAUUCCGAUGAUUAAGUUGACAGAUGGGAGUUCAGGUGGUGGUUCAGUGACGAGUAUUGAGAAACAGGGUUAUUCAUAUGUACCGCCUAUGACGGGAUUCGAUAUCGUGCAGGCACAGCUGAAUGCUGGAAUUCCGAAUCUCGGAGCUGUUUUGGGGCCUGCGAUUGGGCUGGGUGCUGCGAGGGUUGUGAGUUGUCAUUUUAGUGUUAUGGCGGAGGAUAUUGGGAGUUUGUUCAACGCGGGGCCGAAUGUUGUGGCGAAGGCUACGUUCGAGGAAGGGUUGAGUUUUACGGACUUGGGUGGGCCGGGGAUGCAUUGUACGAAUGGGACAAUUGAUAAUUUGGCCAAGGAUGAGAGGGAGUGUUUCGAGCAGAUCAGGACUGUGUUGGGGUUUUUGCCGAAUUGUGGAACACAGAUGCCGCCUGUCGUUGAGGGUAGAGAUGAUGUGGGAAGACAGAAUGAGGAGCUGCGGAGUGUUGUACCACGGAAACGUGAAAGAAUGUUCUCCAUGCGGCGAGUUAUCUCAACAGUCGUGGAUGAGGGCUCAUGGUUCGAGAUCGGCCCUCUCUGGGGCAGAACAGCAAUCUGCGGUCUUGCUCGACUGGGUGGCAAGCCCAUUGGGAUUUUCGGCAACAAUCCCGAAGUGCUUACAGGAGCGCUGGAUGCUGCAGGAAGUCAGAAACUUAUACGGCAUCUGAAGUUCUGCGAUGUCUUCAACCUACCACUUCUCCAAUUCGUCGAUGUACCAGGCUACGCGGUAGGAACGGUAGCAGAGCGCACAGCGACCAUGAGAUGGGGAGUUGAACUUACAAAGGCCUACUACACGACCACGAUGCCCAUCUUCAGUGUCAUUGUAAGAAAGACGUACGGAGUGGCGGGAGGGGUCAUUGUCGAUUGUCGAGAUCCGCAUAGUCGUGUCGCCUGGCCAAGUGGAGAAUGGGGAUCCUUGCCAUUGGACGGCGGGAUCGAAGUCGGGCAUGCUCAUGAACUACGGCAGAUUGAGAAGGAGAAGGGCGUCGAAGCAAGACAGGCACGGUACAAGGAGUUGGAGACCAUGUACAGGCGGUUGAUGAACCCAGUUCGAACAGCGAAUCAUUUCAGCGUGGAGGAAAUCAUUGAUCCGGCUACAACAAGACAGGUGGUUGCAAACUGGGUCGACACGGUGUAUGAGUCUGUGCUGCCAGAGAGAGUUCUGCAGCGGGUGUGCGGUAAGCUGCAACCCGUGUAUGCCUAG